CUCUCUGAGAGUUUGUAGAGGGAAGGCAGCCAAGGUGUUGAUAGGGGCAGCCGAAGGUCUGCUAGAAGGGGUUUACCUGCGUAUUUUUUCGGGUUCUAAUGGCGGAUGAGUUGUUGAGUCAACUGGUGGAAAGACUGAAAUUGACUAAAGAGGAGAAGGGUGAAAUUUUUGAUAUGGGUGAAGGUGAAAUUUUUGAUAUGGGUGAAGAUGAAAUUGAGGACUAUGAUAAACAAGCUCAAUUCUCACUGGUCUGCAAACUCCUAACAUUGAAGAAUAUCCCUGGUGAGGUCUUCAAGAACAUGAUGCCUAGGAUCUGGGCUAAUGUAAAUGUGAAAAUUGAGUCAGUAGGGAAGAAUCUGUUUCUCUGCAAAUUCAAGACUGUUCGAGAUAAAAGCAAAAUUCUCAACAAUGGACCAUGGUUUUUUGAUAAGUCUAUGGUAAUGUUGGAGGAACCUAGAGCAAACUGCAAUUUCAACGAGCUAGAAUUCAGGAAAAAAGAAGAGACUACUCAACAUAUCCUAUGGGAAUGUAAGGUAAUUAAAGAUAUAUGGAUAAAUUGCACUCCCAUUGAAGCAAAUUUUUUCUAUAUUGACAGGACAAACUGGACUACAAAAGAGUAUUGGGAGUGGCUAAUGGAUAAGGCUGGUGAAGAAGAACGUAGAAGAAGCAUGAUAAUAGCUUGUCAGAUUUGGGAAAUGCGGAACAAAUCAAUUUUCAAAGGUGUUCAUUCAGAAACUAGAGACAUUCAAUUGGCGAUUGAUAGAUACAUAAUCAACAGUGCGGGUCAAGACACAAAUCUAAAAAGAAAGUCGAAGGACUUUCACCCAAUAAGGCGAAUUGGAGAUAAUACACGUGCCCGAUGGAAACCUCCCACAUCAAAUUCAUGGAAGUUAAAUACGGAUGCAGCAUGGCGAGCUGAUACAAACACCGAUGGGAUUGGCUGGAUUUUAAGAGACGAGAAGGGAGAAGUCAUCAAAACAGGCUGUAGAAUUAUAAGAGCGGAAAGAAAUAUUACUUACCUAGAGGUGAUGGCUAUUUGCGAGGGAUUGCGUGCGAUUCGACAAGAACACUGUCGACCAAUUCACUUGGAAUCUGACUCCCUCGAAGCCAUUCAUCUACUUCACAGACAUGUCAAGAUCAAACUGAAAUUAUUUGGCUUUUAGAAGAAAUUCGGCAGAUGAUGGAAGAUAUGGAAAUAGUUUCAAUGAGACAUAUCAGUCGAGAGGCAAAUAAGGUGGCCCAUGUCUUAGCCGGAUGAGCGAUGGAAAACGAUUUGAGGGAAGAGUGGAACAACU